UGCACACCUACAACCCAAAGGACACAGACGUGUAUUUGAGCUUGGAAUCUGUGCAGUGUGUAGCCAUGGCUGCAUGGGUGGAGGCGUCCACAAGGGAAAUGGGCCAGUCGCUCAUUAACCCAGACAAACCUUCAGUUUCAGCCUCUGCUCUCCCUGGAGACACGGGGAAGACAGCAUUGGGCCCAAAAUCCCACCUCAUGCCCAAACCAUUUGUCCUGCAAAGGAACGCCACCAUCCGCCCAAUCCGGGCCCCGAAAACCAACUUUAGCAGAGAGCUCAAUCGAGCCACCUCUUCCGAAAUGCUUUUUGAUAUCACAAAACCUGAUACUGGUGGUUCAAAACCAUCAGAAUCCCUAAAAUCAGGCUCAAACGACACAGUAAAUGGCUCUAACCAAAGUGCAGCCCCUAAACUCAUCCCACUCAGCCCAAAACCUGACUUAAUGGCUAAGGCUAAACCAGAACCCACAAAGACUCUAAUAAGUUCUACUAACCAAACCGGUCUAAACUCAAAGCCUGGUGUGACCUUUGAAGAUGUGAAGGACGUUCAGCUCAGAAGCAGGGCAAAAUCCUUGGGUUCUCAGGAACAAAAGAUCCUGAGCCAGAAGGUCCAAGGAGAAGCAGCCAAGACUGAUGCAGAUGUCAAAAUGUCUUCAAAAUGCUGGCCGCCUCGAAAUCGUCUCUCCGUGGAGCUGACCUCCAAGUUCGAGUCACUGUCUCCACCGGAGAAAAGUUGGCCACCGCAUUCUCCUUCUGAGUCCAGCUCUUCAAAGCCUCUGAUGGAGAAAGGAGAGACGGGAGACGAGGAGGUCAUCGGAGGCAGCAUUAAGAGACGGAUCAGCCUUCUCUUCGAUCGAUCUACAGCAGCUCGGUGCAGGGACACCUUCAACAAAAGAGACAAUCCACAAGCUGAAAUAUCUGUUGACAUUAAACAGAGAAUCCAGAAUCUGAGCUUGGACGCUCCAAGGACGCGCUUGCCAUCCACUGGUGCUCAUAAAAGUCCACCAUCCGAGAAGACACAGAGCACCUCAGAUGAGCCACCGAAUGAGAGAUCAUCUGAAAAACCUGCAGUGACAGAGAAGGUGACUGGAGACAAAGCAGCAAGUACAACAGAAAUCAAGAACUCUGCUGCUAGUGUGGAGAAUGUAGAAGAAGAGGAAGACCAUGUUGCCAUUCCUGUUUACCAAAGGGUUGGCAUGAGCCUAGAUGAGGAGAAAAAGAGAAGGGAAGAAGAAGAAAAACAGAGAAAAGAUGAGCAGUUAGAGCAAGAAAGACAACAGCGGGAAAGGGAAAGACUUUUGGAAGAAGAGAGAAAACAAGAGAGAAAACAGGAAGAGGAAAAGCAAAGACAGAUGGAGGAAAGGAGAAAGCAAGAAGAAGAACGACUGAGAAGAAUUGAAGAAGAAAGAAAAGAGGAGGAGAGGAGGAGACAAGCCGAAAAAGAGAGGGAGAGACAGAUUGAAGAGGAGAAGAGAAGGAUUCAAGAAGAAAAAGAGAGACUGAGAGAAGAGGAAAGACUGGAGAAACUAAAGAAAGAGAAAGAAAUGGAGGAAAGAAAACAAAUGGAAGAAGAGAGACUGAAAGAAGAGGAAAGACUGAGACAGGAACAAGAAAAAGAGAGACUACAGAAGGAAAAAGAGAUGGAAGAAGAGCGGAGAAGAAUUCAGGAGAUGGAGAGACAGAAAGAGGAAGAAAGAUUGAGACAAGAACGAGAAAAAGAGAGACUACAGAAAGAAAAAGAGAUGAAAGAAGAGAAACAAAGAAUUCAGGAGAUGGAGAGACAGAAAGAGGAGGAAAGAUUGAGAAAAGAGCAAGAAUUAGAGAGAAUAAGGAAAGAAAAAGAGAUGGAAGAAGAGAAACAAAGAAUUCAGGAGAUGGAGAGACAGAAAGAGGAGGAAAGACUGAGACAAGAACGAGAAAAAGAGAGACUACGGAAAGAAAAAGAGAUGGAAGAAAGAGAGAUGGGAGAAGAAAGAGGAAGAAAGAUUCAAGAGAUGGAGAGACAGAAAGAAGGAGAUGGAAAAGAGAAACAAAGACAAGAGACGAGAAAAAGAGAGGAAAGACUACGGAAAGAAAAAAAGAGACUGGAAAGAAAAAGAGAGGAGAAGAAUUCAAGAAGAUUCAGGAGAUGAGAGACAAAAGAGGAGGAAAGACUGAGACAAGAACGAGAAAAAGAGAGACUACGGAAAGAAAAAGAGAUGGAAGAAGAGAGGAGAAGAAUUCAAGAGAUGGAGAGACAGAAAGAGGAGGAAAGAUUGAGACAAGAACGAGAAAAAGAGAGACUACUACAGAAAGAAAAAGAGAUGAAAAAAGAGAAACAAAGAAUUCAGGAGAUGAAACAGAGCGGAGAAGAAUUCAGGAGAUGGAGAGAGACAGAAAGAAAAGAGAGGAAAGACUGAGAAGAACUCAGAGAAGAAAGAGAAAAAGAGAGACUACGGAAAGAAAAAAGAGAGAGAGAGAAGAGAGAACAAAGAAUGGAGAGAAGAAAACAAAGAAUUCAAGAGAUGGAGAGACAGAAAGAGGAGGAAAGAUUGAGACAAGAACGAGAAAAAGAGAGACUACGGAAAGAAAAAGAGAUGGAAGAAGAGAGGAGAAGAAUUCAGGAGAUGGAGAGACAGAAAGAGGAAGAAAGAUUGAGAAAAGAGCAAGAAUUAGAGAGAAUAAGGAAAGAAAAAGAGAUGGAAGAAGAGAAACAAAGAAUUCAGAUGGAGAGACAGAAAGAGGAGGAAAGAUUGAGACAAGAACGAGAAAAAGAGAGACUACAGAAAGAAAAAGAGAUGGAAGAAGAGAGGAGAAGAAUUCAAGAGAUGGAGAAACAGAAAGAGGAGGAAGAUAGACUGAGACAAGAACGAGUAAAGGAGAGACUACAGAAAGAAAAAGAGAUGGAAGAAGAGAGGAGAAGAAUUCAAGAGAUGGAGAUAUUGAAAGCAGAGGAAAAACUGAGACAGGAAAGAGAAAUAGAGAGACUAAAAAAAGAAAAAGUGAAGGAAGAGGAGAGACAAAGAAUUCAGGAGUUGGAGAGACUGAAAGAGGAGGAAAGAUUGAGAAAAGAACGAGAUUAUGAGAUGGAGAUGGAAACAUGUAAAGCAGCAGAGAGAUCACGAGAGGAAGUUCCUACGAGUUAUGAUUUAAUAUCGUUUGACGCGGAGGAGCCGGCGGCGUCACAGACUCUGGUCUCCACCGUCCAAGCCGCUGACGUCCCGCCUCUGCUCACUGAAGUGAUUUAUGAUGACUUUUCAGUGAAACCUCGAAGAUGGGGAACCAGGGCGAGACGUUCCUCAACACCGUCUCCAUCCAGAGAACAUCCUGCUGCUCCUGACCACAGUCUACAGCCAGAAUCAAAGUCCAAUGAUCCUGGAUCCCAAGAACCAUGCGGAGAUCAGGUAUAUGUGCACGAUCUGAUGGGAUUUGAACCUGAAGCUUCCAGUCCACAGAACUUGACAGAAAGCAGAAAGCAGACAUAUUUAUUUGAGGAGUCCAAACCAGAGGACCUGCUGGAGCCACAAACUCAAUCUGAUGAGGGUGAGUUGAAGGACGGUGAGUCUGAGGAGGAUGCAGCUGCAGAACAGGACACAGAGAAUCUAAUCGGGGAAACCGACGAACAAAAUGAAAACAACGACACUGUUGAUAAUCACGCUACACAGACCAAAAUCAAUCAAGUCCUACAGAGACUGACUCAGGUCCGACAACGAAAUACAUCUACUGAUUCAGACACAGCAGACGUCCCAGUUCAGGAGGAGCCCGAACCGCUGCCGGUUCUUGAGACUGCGGCUCCUCUACCGGACUCCAGUGUUUUCCGUUCAAAGGUUGAUCUGGGGAAGAAACGGAGCAUAAAGCGUUCCAGACCGUCUCGUUCUAUACGACAGAGAGCCGCCCUGCCCUCUCUGACAGAGGGAACGCAUCCCGACUGGAGGUUCUGUGACUCCACAGAAGCAAAAGAUCAGUGUUCCAAUGGAGCGGACUCUGAAUCAGAAGAGGAACCGUCCCAGGAUGUCACGUCCUCUCCAGCCCCGAGCCAGCCCAAGAGAGUCCCUGUGUUUCCUGGGAUGGACCCUUCUGCCCUCAUGGCCCAGCUAAAGCGGAGAAGUGGAGUUGCAGAAACAGUAAGUCCAGCAGAAGCACAGACGCCUCCGUCUGUCCCCACACGCUCUCCCCUCGCACACACCAGGUCCCUCGGCCCCAGAGUGCUGCCCCCUGUUGACGCCAAGGACAGUGGGUCCGGCUCUUCCCCCUCCUGGCUGCUUGAGCUCAAAUCCAAGAAGCGAAUGAGUCAACCUGAAAGUGAAGCAUGAAGCUCGUGAAGCUCAGGUUUGAUGCAGAAGUCCUCUGCAGAGGAAGUCUGUGUGAUGCCACAAAGAUGCCAAAGGAACUGACUUACAUGAAUGAGAAGUGCAAUGAUCUUUCAUUCUCAUGCUGACUGAGUAUCAGACUAUUUUGAGUACAAGUCCUGGACUAAACAGUUUGAAGGCUUUGCCAAGAUGUACAUUUUUACUUUUUACAUUAAAAGUCUGUCAUAAUUUGGCAGCAUUAUAAGUGGCAAAAGCAAGUGCUGUUCAUUUUAAUUUUGUUUACAUUUAAUAAUCCAGCAGAUGUUUUUAUCCAAAGUGAGGAUGGUAAAACAAGCAUUCGAGUUCCUCCAGUUCGAUCAGGGGCCAAAUGCACAUAUCUUCUGUUCAUCUCUGAUCAUGGAGAAGCAGAAAUCAGUAUAGCUUCAAUGCACUUUAAAUGAGUCAGACCACUG